CGAUGAACAGCUUCGAGCAAAACUUCUCAUAUGGCCAAACCGGCUCAUACGCACCGCGGGAGCCUAUAGAAUAUCUUUGUGCAGACUGCGGCUCACCGAACGAAAUUAAAUCGCGCGAGCCGAUCCGUUGCAGAGAGUGUGGACAUCGGAUCAUGUACAAGAAACGGACCAAGCGGAUGGUACAAUUUGAGGCGCGGUAGUCGCGUGUCGACAUAUCAUUGAUCCACAUAAUACUUCUCACCUGCUGCUACUCCUGCCUGUCCUCAUCUGCUCGCAUACGUAUUGGCGCAUCAUGUGUUUUCUACGCGGAAUGUCCGUUGCCGUCAUAUCUUUGGUAUGGCGUCGGGGCAACCAGCGCCGUAUCUGAGAGGACGGCAACUCGUCGGUGUUUGUCAUGAUUUUCAGACGACCGUUAAAUAUACGGCGCAUAAGCGCAAUACGUUCCCCUGAGAUGUCGACCGGAUGACGCUAUUCGUGAGAGCCCGUUGUUAAUUUGACCACAAUCUCCCCCGGACGCGGGGUCAACUGUUGAUGAUGGCGAGAAAUCAGAAAAACCUACUCACCACCUAACAAGCGUUAUACGUCCCUUGUGUGCUCGGAGGCUGUCGUUAUUGCAAAAACGGUGACUGUUUCUUGGCGUAGUGAACAAGUGAUGCCAUGCAAACGGUGCUCGCGGGAAGAAACGAACAAGAGCGAUAUCGAAUGUAUGUCGGCUUGGUGCAAGUGGGCUGUGUACGGGGCAACAGGUUUAUCACAUUGAAACUGUCAGUCGAGCUCGGUCUGUUCACAAGGCUAUAGUCAAGACUACAUCUGCGUUCAACAGACAACUGUGAGCAUGGUAUCAAGGCCCAGCUGGAGAAUUGACUGAUGUUUUACUGG